AUGUCUUCUCCACAGACCACCUCGUCUCCCUCGUCCAGCCGCCUUGGACCUCCUCCCAUCGCAAACCCCAGCGCCGGUACAAAGUCGCUCAAGCGCAAGCGACCCUCGCUUCAUUCACAGCAGCAGCAGCAGCAGCAGCGGCAACGACAGCGCAUCGUCGCCUCAUCGUCCGACUUUGAAGCCGACGACCACGGCCCAGCUUCCACCUCGGCCGCCUCCUCAACAGCCCAACUUCAGCGGCCACCACACCAGCCAAGCUCGCAUCGCCCAACGAGCCGCACCGCGGCACCCCGUUCACCACCUUCUCUACCCUCCAGCCGCACUCCGUCACCGCGCAAGGCGACAAGAAGCACACGCACGCCACACCGCCCCGCUCCACGAUUGGAAAUGAACAACGGCGACGAUCGCGACGCUACCCUUGACAGAGGGUCGGACGGCGGCAACAAGCAGGACAUCAACCAUACGAUGGACCGGCGGCGGGCUAACCGCGAUCGCAGCGAUGACGAUGGCGGAGGCGACGAUGACGCCGACGGUGACGACGACGACGAUGGAGAGUUUGAGCUAGACGAUGAGGCACCGCCAAGUCAGGCCUCGGCGCGGGCGCGGCGCACGCCUUCGAGAAUCGGCGCUGUCAGGUCAAGGCGGGCUCGGGUCAGUGUCAUGAUAGCCGACGACGACGAUGUCGACGAAGAACACGACGCAAUCGAGUGCAACAGACGGCGAGGCUCCUCGCCUCGAAAGUCCAAUAGGAGGCCACGGAGAACGGCAUCAAGGAAGCUGUUGUCCGAGGACGACGAAGGCACCGAGGAUGACGAUGCCCAAGGUGGCGACGACGACGACCGCGUGGCUGGCAGGGCAGCCGGCAUCUCUCCUACAGCUGCAGGGUCUACCACCGCCAAGGAAGAAGAUGAGGUGCAAGAAGAGGAAAUGGACGAAGAGGCGAAGAGAGCGGCGCAAGCCAAGAGGGAGGAAGACGAGCUGGUCACGCGGUGGACCGAAGAGUACUUUGAGAUUGUCGAGCAGCUCCCGCUCGAGAUCCAUCGCUCCCUGGCGCUGUUGAGGGAGCUCGAGUCCCAGAUGACUGCUCGAUUGGCCUCGGUCUCCCACGACGCCAUCGCCUACCGAGAUGCCCGUCUGGCCCUCCAUCAAAACUUGUUGAAUAAGACGGUGCCCGCGGAUCCAAACGGGCGAGCACAGACCGUGCCGCCGAGCCAUGCGGGCUCUGCUGCAUCCGAACCAGCGACGGUGGAAGCACAAGUAACAACGCAGGCCAAGCACGCCACCAAAAACCCUCCCGACGGCGGAACAAAUGGCAACGGCUCAAGCAGCGCAGCAGCGCCAGAGGUCGGUAGCGACGAGGCACAAAAGUCGGGACCGGCUGCAGAUGUUCCGCCGGCGUCGUUACAGGGCGCAGCUUUGCCGCCUUCGUCAACGGCGCCGGCUAGCCCGACCGCUCCGGAGCCAACGCUCUCCAGCGAAUCGCGGAAGUCGCUGCUCCAUCGCAUCUCGCAGUGCGCCUGCGAAGCUGUUCGCGCGGGCGAGGAAAAGGUUGGCCUGGCCAUCACCACCUACGAGUGGAUCGACCGGCAGUGUCGCAGGCUGGACGCCGACCUGAAAAAGAUCGAAUCGAGCCUUGUCCUCGGUCUCCGCACCGGGACCGAGGAGAGCAGGGGCCUACGCGAGGCGCAGGGCCUCGCCACCGAUGGAGGAACGAGAGAAGGCUCGGAGGCAGAGGAAGAGGCGGGCCAAGAGGCGGGAGAAGGGAUGGGCAGCCCUGCGGAAGAAGGCCCGGUGGACGAUGCCGAGGUAGCCGCGGUCAAGAGUAACACAGUGACUCCGCGGCUCGGUGGCGACGCCGUCCUCCUCGCCGAGGAAGCGGCCGCCGACGGCGGGCUGACCCGGAAAAGGGCGAGACGGAGCUCGGGAGCCGCUGGUGCCCCCUCCAUUCCACAUGGAGAACCAGCAGCUUCCGCCGUCGAGGAAUCGGUCACCCGAACACGGGCUGGCGGUCGUCGCCGCACCGUCUCCCAGGCCUCGGCGACCAAGCUGAGCGAUAGGGCCGUGUCUCCUACCGCAGCGUCAACCCAGGCGAAACCGAAGGGCCGACAAGCGGCGCUGCCAGAGACAACCUCGAUCGUGCCGGGACACGAAGCGAUGGCCAUCGACCCCAACGAGCCGCGCUACUGCUACUGCGACCAGCCCUCGUUUGACGAGAUGGUGGCCUGCGACAACGACGACUGCCCGCGCGAGUGGUUCCACUACGGCUGCGUCGGGCUCACGGCCUCGCCAAAGGGCAAGUGGUAUUGUCGCUUCUGCGCGCCGCCCAACUGGAAGGGCCCCGGCACAGACGUGCCGCCUGGAGCCAGAUUUCGGCCACAUGGGUACAAGAGCAAGAAGAGGAAGGGAUGA